GAUUUUUUAAGGAAUAAAAUAUAUAAGGAAAAUCCCAACUCAAGGCAGUGUGUUGUUCAAUCUUCAUUGCAUUUGCAUACAUACAGGUGAUAUGAGUAUGACCGUGAGAGAGAAAGAAUGGGAGGUGUCAUCAUAUAUGAGUCAUGAGUUUUAGUUUUAAUAAGUACAUAUAGUGCCUAAAGCAUAUAAGUUCUACUGGAAUCUGAAACAACAACUACAACAAAAACAAGAACUAGUGGAAGUGGAAGAGGCUAGAACAACAGAUCCUCUCACGUGCACAACCAUCAGAGGGAAAGAGAGAGAGACUGUAGUAAUUAAUAUGUUUCCUGUCUCCAUGUCUAAUUAUGACCGGAUUUCAGAGCUGAUAUGGGAGAAUGGCCAGCUAUCCAUCCAUGGGCUUGGUGGGCUUCAACCUACUAACCCUACUCAGGAAAAGCCCAUAUCAAGUGGGGCCCACGACACAUUGGAGUCUAUCGUUCAACAUGCCACGUUCCAACGUUAUCAACCGUCAAAAUUCACUAGGGAAGAAGGCCAUGCCCCUACUAGUAAUAGUAAAAACAACAACUCCAUUGGUGCACCCUAUUAUGGUGGUGAGGUUCAAGGUGUGCUAUCCUCGACGAGGAAAAGAACAUGGUCCAAUGCUAACAACAGCAUGUUGGAAGAAUGUGACAUCCUUAGUGGUUGUGCUAGUGCUGGUGCUACCUUUUGUAGGGACAAUGAUACAACCAUGAUGACAUGGGUCUCUCUUGAUCAGUCUGGUCGUAGCUUAAAGACUAUGGAGGAAGAUUCUGCUUGUCACUGUGGAUCGGAAAUUCGAGACAACCAAGAUGACAGAGACAGCAAAGCAGAAGUAGGCCAAAGCAACUCAAAAAGAAGAAGUCGAACUGCUGCCAUUCAUAACCAGUCUGAGCGGAAAAGAAGAGAUAGAAUUAAUCAGAAGAUGAAAGCCUUGCAGAGGUUGGUGCCUAAUGCAAAUAAGACAGAUAAAGCUUCAAUGUUAGAUGAGGUGAUAAACUACUUAAAGCAACUGCAAGCACAGAUCCAAAUGAUGAACAUGACAAGCAUGCCCCAAAUGAUGGUGCCUUUGGCCAUGCAACAGCAGCUUCAGAUGUCAAUGCUAGCAAGAAUGGGUGUUGCUGGGCUUGGCAUGGGAAUGGGCAUGAACAUGGCAGCAGCAGCUCAAACAGCAGGUGGCCCAAUUAGGUCACUCCCCCAAUUCAUUCAACCAACAACAACUACAGUUUGUGCUCCACCACCUGCCACUGCCCCUGUGUUUGUUGCCCCUUCCUUCAUGAUGCCACCUUCCAUGAUCCAAGCACCUCCAAAGCCCCAACAAUUACCUGCAUCCUCAGCCUCCAUUGCCUCAAUUCAUUUGCCUCAUCCAUAUAGUGCUGCUGGUCUCACCCAACCAAUUAACAUGGAUAUCCUCAGCAACAUGGCAGCACUUUAUCAACAACAGAUAAGUCAAAACAAUCAUCAGGCCCUGAGCAGCAGCAUGCCCCAACCACACCAUGAGCAAGGCCGUUGAGAAUAAAAAGAACAGCACUUGUGACAGAAGAAGCACAUUAUGGAUAAGGGACAAAAUGGAUCAAGUGGAGUUAUUCAGCGCAGGCAAAAGUUUGGAUUAAUUUUGAUUGGGGUGAUUUGAAUAAAAGCUAAACUCUUGUUCAAACCAUUGGCUCUCUCUCUCUAGGAAAAUUCAAACAUACUACUAGAAAUUAAUCAACGGUGUAAUGUAAAUUACAGUACAUUUGAGUUCGCCACGCAAUGCAGAGAUAAAUAAUUAUCCAUUACAAAUUGUAGUCCUUACAGUUUAUUUUCCUCUUUAUUUUAUUUAAUUUACAAAACAAAGAUCCCAAGGAAUAAAUCUUGCACAAGACUUAAAUCCUGAAGUUCAUGGGUGAGGGAAGGAAAAUUUGUAUAUUUACAUUUUAGGUUUAAAUAACUUUUGGUACAUUUAAAAUA